CAGGAGGAGGACGCCACUUGUUCUUGAUAAAUAUGACACAUAAUAUUUCUCGACCUGCUGUUACUGCAGCGCCACAAAGGUAGCAUGGGGACAAAUAAGUGACGCAGAGACUGGGCUGAGAUCCAAGCUCCCUCAAUGCUAAUUUGAUGCUAUUCUAUUCUGUAUCUAUGGCCUUUGACUUCUAAAAGGGGUAGUUGAGAAAGACAGCUUCACUGCAGAUCUAAAUAAAGUAGCACUCUGUUUUUCCUGACAGUUCCUUUCUGUUUGUCUUUGUCUCAAUCACGUGACUGUGUGAAUGUUCUGGUGUCAGGUCACUGUGAACUGUGGGUCAUGUUGCUGGCAGCAGUCUCUGAAUUAGCCUGUCAGACAGCGACCCCUGCUGGCCAAACACAGAUUGCAAAACAAUCAGAAUAACAGGCACGUUUAUUUUUUGCAUAGCAGGCACACUAAAUUAAUUUAAAAAGGGUCGAUUUUUUUAUUUGGAUGGAUAGACAUCUGUAGAGAUGCUGCCAAAGUGUCUGUCUUUCCAGAAUGGAGAACUCGGGGACCCCAAUGUUUCAUGUCCACCUUUUCCUUUAACAUCACUAUUUUCUCUGCUGUUUUGUCCUGUGACCAGGCAGCUGACCUGGUUAUCGAGCUGUCCUCCACUCCAAAGACCAAACAGGACGAGGUCACCUUCGGGAACGACUUCACUGACCACAUGCUGACCAUAGAGUGGAGUGCGAGUGAGGGCUGGCAGGCUCCGCUCAUCAAGCCCUUUGGGAACCUGUCUCUGCACCCGGCCUGUUCGUCACUACACUACGGCAUACAGCUGUUUGAAGGGUUGAAGGCGUUCCGUGGGGACGACAACCAACUGCGUCUCUUCAGACCGAUGCUCAACAUGAACCGCAUGUCCAACACUGCUAAGAGAGCUUGCCUUCCAGCCUUUGAUCAGUCAGAGUUGCUGGAGUGCAUCAGGCGACUGGUAGAGAUCGACCAGGACUGGGUUCCUCACUCAGACUCAGCCAGUCUGUACAUCAGACCGACAUUUCUUGGCACUGAGCAAUCUCUGGGUAUAAAGAAGCCUGCCAAUGCCUUGCUGUAUGUGAUCUUGUGUCGAGUGGGCUCUUACUUCAACAGUGAGGCAGAAAGUCUGUCCUUGUGGGCCGACCCAAAGUACACACGGGCCUGGAAAGGAGGGACUGGAAACUACAAGAUGGGAGGAAACUACGGGUGUUCUUUGUUCGCCCAGUAUGAAGCAGAGGAUCAUGGGUGCCAGCAGGUGCUGUGGCUGUACGGGGAGGACCACCAGAUCACCGAGGCAGGCACCAUGAACAUCUUCCUGCACUGGAUCGAUGAGGAUGGAGAGGAGGAACUUGCAACUCCACCUCUGGAUGGCAUCAUACUCCCAGGUGUAACCCGACAGAGCAUCCUGGAACUGACCAGGAAAUGGGGGGAGUUUAAGGUGACAGAGCGCUACCUGACCAUGAGCCAGCUGUGCUCUGCUCUGAAGCAGCUGCGGGUCAAAGGCGUAUUUGGCUCCGGUACUGCCUGCCUGAUCUGUCCCAUUGGACACAUUGUUUACCAGGGAGAGAACUUGCACGUCCCCUGUCAGGAUAAAAAGUCACAGUUGGCUUCACGGAUAGCAAAGGAACUUACGGAUAUAAAGUAUGGACGCACGGCCAGCGACUGGACUUUCCUGGUGUAGCGGUGAAGAGGAAGCGUGAAACACACACAAUUAGUGUGUACGAGGAGGUCAUACCAUUAUGCAACAUCGAAAGGCUACUGUGCACUCGCAUCACUAAGAAAACAACAUAUAACAAUGUAUGUGCAAUAUUUGUAGUUAUACUGCAAUAUGCUGGCUCUGCGGCGAGUGUGUCACACCACUUUGCCCCCUUUUAAGCUUAAAUUAAUGACAAGCACACAACUGUCCAACAUAAUUAACAAAAGUAGGCUAAUGUCUCAUGCAAUAGUGCACAAUAACUUACAGUAGCUUUUUCCUGCUGCUUUCCAACCAACAUCCAGGAUACAGCUGUGGCUGGGACUAAACACCAACAAGAGAAAACAUAUGUGAGAUGUUAUAGUUACAGAGGAUUUCACAUCACUUGUGCAAGAGUUACAAAGCAUCUACAAGAGGACUUUAACUAAUUGAACUAAUUCACUAAUCUUCUUAUGGGUAUGGUGUGAAAACAUUGUGCUGUCUCAGCGGUGAAAUGUUCCUUUUAAUUAUCAGUUUGCACUAUUAUAUUGUUUCAGAGUUCAUGUUUCUAAAUUGUAGGCAGUUGCAUUGUCAACAAAAACAUUUUAAAUAUUUAGAUUCUGCAGCCAGGGCCACUGCAAACAUCACCUUUCGGUAAGAGGAUCAGAAAAAUGUAACGGAAAACUGUAAGUAACAUGAAACUUAUCCCGUGGAACUUGUUGUUCAGUCAGUGAUAGUACUGGACAAAUAGUAUUCAUCAGUCAUUCAUAAAAUAUAUCUUGUGUGAAAUGGCCCAGAGUUUGUGUGAAUGCAGGUGAUGGAUUACAGAUCAGUGGUGUCUCGUACUGUAAAUGCAACACAAGGGAUGUUCCAUAUUAAUACUGUCAGGCUUUAUGGUGAUUAUCAUUAUAUAAUGUAUUUUGCCCUGUUAGUUAAAACACUAUGUUAAAAAGAAAGAUAUUACUCUGUGACUGUUUGUACUACGUAUGUAAUGUAGAUGUAUUGUGGGAAGGAAGGGCGUGGUACUGGUUGGGCUGACCUUCCUUUGUCCUGGUGGGUUGUUACACUCUGAUACUUUGUGUUUGUUUAGGCAAUGAAUAUUGUUCUGCUUCCUCAAAAUAAAAUAGGAAUAGGAACUAAACUUGCAUUUGGACCAGAGGAACCAGGGGCUACGUUUAUCUCCUGCGUGAUAGUUCCAGGUGCAAUAAAAGUCCCGACUCAAAGAGGUGUACUUUCCAAAGGUCCGGGACCUUUAAGGGUGAGCCAGGCUCUGCAGAGCAUCUCCACAAUCCUUAAUGAUGCUGAGGAGUGCAAGUGUUUUCCUGCCACCCUACACACACACACACACACACACACUAGAGAACCUGGAACAGAACCAAAGCCAUCAGCAUAAUGGAGCCAUAACAGAAAGCCAUCAAACCGGAGAGCCCUUGGCUGUUUUGCUCUGCACACGCACACACACAUGCGACAUAAUUCAAGAUACACUGUACUAGUUUGAAAAUGAAAACUCAGGACGCUGUGUCCACUCCUAAAUUCAUGCCUCAUUAACUGAGGUCCUGUCUGUGUUUCUGCCUCUGUGCGUUCAAUGGAUGUCCAUAUGUGUGUGUUUGUAUGUGUGUGAUGUGUG